AUGCCAUACACAAUAGGAGAUAGAAAAAUAAAACUAACACCAAGUAUAACAAAAUCAGACUUGAAACUUUUAUUGAAACAUUCCAAAAUGAUUAAAUUCUAUUUAAAUAAUUCAAUUUUAAAAUUCCUAAUAAAUUUGAAGAAAAUCAUCCAUUUAUAUUCAGAUAUUUUUAUCAUAUAUUCAACUUUAAUCAGAAAAAUUCAAAAUUUUGAAGAUAUUACCAAGAUGACAAAUUUAUGUUCAAGAAAUUUAUUAGUUUUAGAAAUUGACUUUAAUGAAAUAUUUGGUAAAAAGAUUAUGAAUGAUGAGGACUUAACCAGAAAUAAUAAUGGGAAUAAUAACAAUAAUUUGGGGAAUCACAUAAGUAAUAACGAUAAUUUAAUGGAUGAUUCUAUACAUUCAUUAUUAAACCCAUCAUCAAAUUCAAUAAACUCAUCUUUAUCCUCCCAUUCAUCAACUUCAUCAAGACUAAAUAAUUUCAAAUUAAAAAAUUUUGAAGAUCAAAAUUAUGAAAACAUUAUAAAACCAUCAACAAAAUUAAUUUUAAAAACAAGUUUAUCAAUUUUUGAUCAAAUCAAUAAGAACUUGUUAUGUAUUGAAUUAUUUUUUCUGAGUUUUAGUAAUUUAAAAAAAUUAUUGGUACCAUUUUUGAAAGAACAAACUCAAUCAUUAAUUGUGAAUUUAAAAACUAUUGAAAAUUUAUUAACUAAAAAUUUAUUUGUUGAUAAUAUACCGUCAGUUCAGGAAUUAGAAUAUAUAGAUAAUCUGGAUUCAAAUAUGGAAAACCAUAAAACUGACAACUUAUUCAUAAGAGAUCAAGAUAGUUUUGAAAGUUUAAAUUUAUUAAACAAUUUAAUUGAAAUUGAAAAAGUAACAAGUGGAUUUGAAAAAGAAUCUUUAAAAUUGAAAACUGCAUUUUUUACUUUUAAUACAUCAUUGGUUCAAUAUACAAGUUUAUUAUUGGGUAAAGCAAUUUUAAAAAGAAAUAUAGAUCAACAACAAUGUGAAAUUAUCAAGAGAAGAGAAAUUUGUUAUCAAGCUUCUGAGCAUGUUGUAAGUAUCCCAUUAACUGAAGAUAACAAGAAUUUUUUGGGGAAUGAUAAUCAAAAUUAUAAUCAUAAUGCCAAUAAUGCUAAUCAAAAUCAAAAUUCAAUGAAACUGUUCAGUAAGAUUUUGACUUAUAUUUUGAUGAUUUUGAUGCUAUUAAUUGUUUUGGUUGGGUAUAGAUUAGUCAAACUUAUUUUUGGGAUUUGA